AUUUAUAUACUUAUUAUGAUUUUUAUUUGUAUAUUUUUAUUUUUCAUCUACAGAAUAGUGUGGGACAUCUUCCCAGGAUCUCGCCUUAUACGCUUUAUUGCAGUUGACAAAACUGUUCACAAGUUGUCCUCAUGGAACCUGGAAGACCAGUGCUUAACCAGCCUGAUGAAUGCAUUCAUGGCCCUUGGACCAGCCAAAAACAUUGGGGGCAACAAGCUGGAUUUGAUAAAAGGUAUUAAGGCAGCCAUUGAGGCUCUGACUAAACCUUCAGCAGUUCAGCAUGAAAAGAGAACUUCACUCACUGAGAAUGCUACCAAGGUGCUGAACAAAGGGAGAAUUAUUUUGGUGACCAAGUUGGAUAGUGAGGAAGAGGUAAAAAACAUCAAGGAAAAAUUUCAUGGAACCUUAUUGUACAUGAACAAGAAUGCUGCUGCCACAGAUAAUUUAAUGGCAAUCAAUCACUGUGACCUUGUCAUUCUCAACUUGUGGCCAGAGGGUCCACCAUGCCCUAUGCCGAUCAAAUCAUGGCCAGAUGUGUCUACUAUUGUGUCCUGUGAGUUCACAAACAUCCAGUGUGGGACUGCCUUAGCUCCAAAACUUUGCAAUCUGGUGCUGAAACACUAUGACUUAGCCUCAACCACAGUGACUGGUAUACCAAUGAAAGAGGAGCAAAAUGCAAGUUCAUCAGCAAACUACGAUGUUGAACUAUUCCAUCCAGCAGCUGCUCAUGCAGCAAUUUUAAAAGGAAUUCCAUCAGAAACUGCACAUCUUAAGACAUAUCGUGAAGGUACAGAUUAUGAGACAGUAACACUCAAGUGGUGUACUCCUCGCAGCAAUGCUAGCAUGGAAUUGCAGCACUGCUCAUCUGCCUAUAGGAUAACAUCUGUUGAUGUUAAUAGCAGACCUUCUUCUUGUCUAACAAAUUUCUUACUGAACGGACGAUGGGUUAUGUUGGAAAUGCCACGCAAGUCAGGAAGUAAAGUCAUAUCACACAUGCUGGCUUGCCAUGGAGGAGAUAUUUAUAUUCACACUAUGUACACUUCACGUAGUAUACUGGAAGAUCCACCGUCAAUCAGUGAGGGAUGUGGAGGCAGGGUUACUGACUACAGGAUUCCUGAUUUUGGAGAACUAAUUAAAGCAAAUAAAUUAGCCCCAUUUCCAGCACCCACAUCAGAAAGUGAAGAGAGCUUGACACCACUUGAGCGGAGCAAAGAACAACUUAACAGACACACUAAGUACUGGCCAAUAACAUUGUCUUCAACAUCACUUUUCAAUUUGGGUCCUCAGAUUGAACCUCUGGCAGCAUUAAUGCUAGAAGACAAUCUAACAGAGGAUGAAGUGGUUGAAUGCAAGCAGGUGAUUCUGUAUCUGAUGAACAUGGAAGCUCGAGGAGACCCUCUCCCAUCUCCCAUGGCAGGGCAGAGAGGGAAGGGAAUGAAACGAGAGGACCAGUAUAGGGCAGUGUGGGCAGAGCUUGAACAAUACCUCCAGCUCCAUCUUCAUACUCCAGCACAUGAAAAAGUUCUUGAAUGCCUGAUGGAAUGUCACAACAAAGCUGCAACCCCAGAAUACAAAGGAGAUGAGAAAGUUGACAUUGAUCAGGCACUGAAGGAAUUAGACGACUGUAACUAUGUUGCAGAUAGAGACAAGGCUGAGUUUGGGUCUGGUGGAGGAGGCAAACAUACAGCAGGGGACCUCUCUUUACCAGAUAGCAAGAGAAGAAGAACAAUUCCACCUCCUCUAGCACCCAUGGGCCGUAGCAGUGGAAUGAACCUCCUCACAUUAUGGGAGAAUAAAGUAUCAUCAGAAGAAUCACGUCGUUGCUUGGAAUUCCAGGGGAGACUUAAAUCUGAGGAUAAUGUCACUAAACUCUAUGUUAACCUACAAAAAGAUAAAGAUAAAGAUGAAGUUCCAAGAAAAAAGUAAAAACAUUUUCAAGUAAGAGUUUAAUGUUUAUUUAUAUCAUAAUUUCCCCAAUUAUUGUAGGUAUAAAAGUGUAUUAGUUAUUAUAUUCUUUUAUAAAGUAUUGUGAGUAGUCAGUGUUCAACAUGCAACUAUUAUAUAAAAUUUUUGCCCACAUGAGAAGCUAUUUCUCUUGAGAUGAUUACUUUAGACUUCGAUUUGAUAUGUCACCAUUUGUUUGUAUAUAUAUAUAUAUAUAUAUAUAUAUCUUUAUAUA